GUUCCGCGGAACAAGAAGAUGCAUGUAACUCUUUCAGUGGGAUCUAACAAGGUUCUCUGCCCGACGUUUCCCUGUGAAGCCUGACGCAUCGCAGAUGUUAGAGACAAAUGCAUAACCACCACGCAUAUUUAUGUGAGACACCUUCUGUGAGGCCGUAACAAGAAAAAUAUACAAAAGCCUUUACAAAUUCCCUUUGUGAGUCCACACCAUUCGGCGGCAGUGAAGCAAUCGUCAUGAACCGGAAAGGGCGCUAAUGUCAUGUCAUCUAGGGCGUAACUUUAGUGGAUCUCUACUCCGCCAUUUCUGGCUUCACCUCCUUCUUCCACUCAUUAAAGAGCAUCCCAACUUUGUAUUACGCCCGAAUCAUGACAAUCCGCCUGAUUGAAGCCUCGGAGGAGCAUCUCCCUGCCAUAGCUCGUAUCGCAACUUCGGCGUUCAACCCAGACACAGAUGCUCUGUCACGUCGCUUGUUUCCCCUUCAUCUCCAACCCAAAGACCUCCCCGAUGGCGAAGCAGCGUAUGAUUGGCGCUUCGCACGCAAAGCGUCGAGUCUAGCAUCAUCGGAAUCUCAUCUCGUAGUUGCCGUUGAUGAUGAGAAGGGGCCCGACGACCACAUUGUCGGGUUCUCACUCUGGGAUGCCCCUCCUGCUUCUGGCGGUGACUCAGCACCCAGCAGGGAGAUACAAUGCGCAGCCCUCGAUAAGGAAGCAUUCAACGAGAUGAAAAAGACUGUGAAUCAAGAUGCUGUCGAUAAUUUUGGAGAGAAGGGCAUUAAUGGUGUCUGGCAUCUUGACUACAUCGGUGUCAGUCCGGGUAACCAAAGACGCGGCAUUGGCAAGAUGCUUUUGCAAUGGGGUCUUGAUCGCGCUGCUGAGGAAGGCAAGGACUGUUAUCUGGUAGCCACCGAAGCAGGACGACCGCUGUAUGUGGCUGCAGGUUUCAAGGAUAUUCGUGUUGUAUCGAUUCUCGGCAUACCUCACUAUUCGAUGAUACUUAGAGCUGAAAUACUGGGAAGCCCGUUUUCCGUCCCCCCCUGGAUCUUGACUUGCAUUUUCUCAUUCUUUUCCUUUUGGAUCUCACCUUUAUCCAUUCUCAUUGGAUCCGAGGCUAGUCCAUGCAGGCCAAUUUCUUCCACCACUGAGAUUCAGGCUACAUCAACAUUCUCUUCUGGAACCGAGACUGCUACUGCUAGCGACGCCACGUUCACCACUGGGCUGACCUCAACUGAGUCGGGCUACGUCACAGACAUAACCAUCACUAAGAGUGAGACCGAGACUACCAGCGCGGCUGAGCCGACCUCAACCGUGGCUGUUUCCACUACCGAGACUUCUGCCAUCACUUCUACCACGGAAGCUGCCUCAUCCGCUACCUCAGCCGCACCUAUCGAGACACCCACGAUUCUAACCAACGGUGACUUCGAAAGCGGCAGCAUUGCUCCAUGGUUCAACUUUGGCACCGGCGCCUACGCCAACAUCGACACUACAACAGUUCACGAAGGCUCAUUCUCUCUUACCAUGGGCUCCCAGGCUAGUGAUUGGUCUAACACCGUCCAAGUCCUCCGCAAGUCAACCCUCGUUGCGAAUCAGCCAUACAGCCUUUCUCUUUACGCCAAGGUCAGCUCUGGUUCUCACUGCACUGCUUUCGAGGCGUUCAUUGAUAACAACGACCUCAAUGACUCCUUUGGACAGAGGAUUCGUGUUGCUGGUGCCCAGAUCGCUAGUGACUUCACUCCUCUGUCGGGCGAGUUCUACUUGACGCAGGCUGCUUUGGACAGUAACAAUGCUAUUCGGGUUGUCAUCAGGGCGCAGUGCAGUAAUGGUUAUGUGGCGUGGGUUGAUGACGUCCAGCUGAGUAUUUCAGACUAAUUUGUCUCAUCUCCGGGAUGUCGAUGUUCCUUUGCGGCUGUAGAGACAGUCAAGAUUAAUGGUUUGAAGAAACAGUGACCAAGAACCAAGCAGCGCUUUAAGGCACAUUUUAUCAUAGCAAGCAGCCUGGUCCGCAGCUAGGGCUUCGCUGUAUAUAGUUACCUAUCCUAGCCAUCCUCUGAUGGUUGUGGAAUAAUUAGAUUUCCAUUCUUAACAUAUCCUCUGGCCCCAGGAGCUACAACCGUCCGCAGUGCAUUAACCAGUGUAAUCCACUCUGGCCUUGAUACUCGCACGACUGACUGAGAGCAAAAUAUAUGAUUUAAG